AUGAGUAGUUCUGACUCCUUGGAAACUAAAGAGAAGCCCAUAGCUACCGUGAAUUCACUUCACACUGCGGAAGAUGGUGUUCCAACCUUGACCAUCAUUAAUAAGGAAACUGGAGAAACUACCGUUAUCAGAAAAGACUGGACUGAUGAAGAAGAGAAGAAGCUUGUUCUCAAGCUGGACUUUAUUGUUAUUCCGCUUCUAUUCUUUGCAUUCUUCUUGCUACAACUAGACAGAGGGAAUAUUGGAAACGCUUAUACCGAUACUAAUCUAACUAAAAUGCUGCAACUGAACAAUUACCGAAUCAACAUCGCAAGUGCCUUGUUUUCGAUAGGUAUAGUUGUGUUUGAAAUUCCUUUCAAUGUGGUCUUACAAAGAGUGAGUCCUUCAGUCUUUUUGAGUUUUCAAAUUCUUGCCUGGAGUUUGGUUGCAGCCCUUCAAAGUCAAUUUACCAAUUUGGCUGGUUUCUACGUUACUAGAUUUUUGUUGGGUACUAUGGAAGCUGGUUUUAUUCCCGGUGGUUUGUAUUAUCUUAGUACAUGGUACAAGCGAUCUGAGUUGGGUUUGAGGCAUACGUUCUACUUCUACGGAAACUUUACUGCUUCAGCUGUUAGUGGACUCAUUGCUGCGGGUAUCUUGAAAAAUCUAUCAGGAGUUGGUGGUUUGAGUGGAUGGCAAUGGAUCUUUUUACUUGAGGGUGUUGUCGGCAUCGGAUUUUCAUUUGUGUUCUUUACAUUUUUACCUGAUUCUGCCAACCAUCCUGCUGCCUUUUGGAACACGAGAUGGUUUUAUUUCAACGAAAGAGAAAGAAGAAUUAUGCGUGAUAGAAUAUACGUUGAUGAUCCUGCAAAAUCUGUGUCGACCAGGAAAACCAACCACAGAGAUGUUUGGAAAACUGUCAAAAAGCCUAUUCCUUGGCUACAUUUCUUAAUAACUGUCAGUUCUAUGCAAACAACCGCGGCUCUUUCAAGCUAUAUCCCCCUGAUUAUCAGAUCUUUCGGAUAUGGUGUAUUUGAGUCCAAUGCUAGGUCCUCCAUUCCUCAAUGGGCUUCCAUGGUCUUACUUUUGCUUUUGAGUUUCUCAAGUAAGCACAUCAAACCCAGAGGUGCUUCUGUCGCAUUUGUUCUCAUUUGGCAACUAGCUUCGCAAAUUGCCCUGAGAGAACUUCCAGCUGAUGCAUCUGCGACUGCAAGAUUCACAGCAUUGUGCUUUCUGGUCACGUCAGGGGCCAUCGGACAUGUUUUGAAUACAUCGUGGUUGAGUGUAAACAUCAAGAACCCAAGAGAAAGAAGUGUUGCCCUUGCCAUGCUCAUUAUGGCAGCUAAUAUUGGUGGUAUUUGUGGUGGACAAAUUUUGAGAGACAACGAUAAACCAUUAUACAGGAGGGCAUUCCUCUCUCUUAUUAUUCUUGAUGUUGUUUCUAUCGCAGCUAUACUAUUCACUAUUGGGUUCUACUACCAUCAAAAUAGAAAACUUACAAAGUUGUUCGGAAAGGUUGAUAUUGAGGACUCAAGGGAGGAGAGUGCAGAAAAAGAGUCUACCACUGCUGAAUCGUUGCAUGAGACAGUAUAUGUUGGAUUCAAUGAUAAUGGGGUCGUUGACAAGAAAGAAGAGGAAAACGCUCUCGUAAAGAAGCCCAAGUACAGAUUUAUUCCAUAG